AUGUUCAUUAAGGAUGUCAUCAUGGACGGCUUCAAGUGCUACACUGACAAAACGGUUGUAAAGAAUUUAGACCGAUUCUUUACGGCUAUCACUGGAAUGAACGGUUCUGGAAAAAGCAAUAUUAUUGAUGCCAUUAUUUUCGCUCUUGAUCUCAGCACUUCCAAGUACAUGAGAGUCUCGAACUUAAAAGAACUAAUUAACAUAAACAGGAAAGAAUGUUCUGUUAACAAGAGUCCCAUCGGGUACGAAAGCUACGAUUGCAUUGAAAUUACCAGAAGUCUUGAUUCAGAGGGUAAGAGCAAGUACAGGCUAAAUGGACAUAACUCAACAAAGAUGUCUAUCGAGAAUCUGUGCAAGAGCAUUGGAAUUACAAACGACUUCAUUGUCAUGCAGGGACACAUAACCAAGAUUGUAAAUAUGAAAAGUGCGGAUCUUCAAAGUAUGAUUGAAGAAACAGCGGGGACUAGGAACUACAGCCUGGAAAGAGAAAAAUCACUAGAACUGUUAACCAAGAAAGAAUUCAAGCUAAAAGAAGCAAGAGAGCAUCUUAAGAAGACCAUCAGCCCAUUUUUUGAGGAGCUAAAAAAGGAAAAGAAGAUAUAUGAAGAGAACAGGGACAGUCAAGUGAAUAGAAAAGCAUAUAUCCAGGAGCUGGAAAUUCUCGAAAACCAAAUGGCUGGCAUUGAACUAGCCUCAAAGGUCGAAGAGCUGAAUAGAAUGGGUGUCCAGUAUUUUCAGGAAAAAGCGGAGCUGGAAAGUAUGGAAAUGAAAAUAAAAGAAAUCAGCACAAUGCAAGCCAUCAAUGCCAGUGACCUGAAUGGUAAAAUAAAUAUUGAAAAGGAUAGACUGGAGGAGCUGAGGGGGCAGGACCCAUCAGAGCAAAUUGAUUCUAAAGUGGAGGAAUAUGAAAAAGGCGUAAGGAUUUUGGAAAGACCACCUGUGUUUGAUUUAAACGAGCUAAGCGCGAGGGAAAAUAUCCUAUCAAAGGAAAUAUUAGGUGGAGCUGACAUUGAUAAAAUAGCGGAACUUGAGAGAUUGAAGGAGUUUUUAAAUAGGAAAACAGUAGAACUAGAAAUGGCACGCUCUGAAGUAGAAAAGCAAAAUAAAAAGCUCAACUAUCAAAAACCAAGGGACGGAUGCUGCGAAGAUAUCUCUGAAGAAAUGUUGAGAAUAGUUAAAAAUUUACUUGAAGAAUACGAAUUGAAGGAUGCAACGAUCAGGAGUUUUGAAGAGAAGAUUUCCUCCUUAAAAAGUAAGAUAUUUUAUCCAAUCAUCGAGGGUGUCUAUGGAACAGUUGAUGAAAAUUUUGAUUUUGUUGAUCAGAAAUACAAAGAGGCUAUUUUAACUAUCCUAGGUGGAAGAUCCAAGUUUGUUAUUUGUAGAGAUGAGGAGGUCGCAUCAAAGGUAAUCCAGACGAGUGAUAGGAAAAUUUCCUGUAUUCCGUUGGAUAAAAUAACCUAUUUGGAGCCAAAUAGAGUACCCUACUCUUGUAUAAAUGCAUUGGAUGCAAUAAGUUUCAAUACGAAGUAUGACAAGGCUUUCAAGCACAUUUUCAGUGGAUUUUAUAUCUUUGAAGAUAAAGCAAAGGCGGCUACUUGUUGUUUUGAAUGCAAAGUGGGAUGUGUCACUCUGGACGGGACAGUGUAUGAUCCUAAAGGUACAUUGACAGGUGGCAAGUCAUAUUUCAAAUAUGAUGUAACAAGAAUGUCGGAUAUUAAAAAACUAGAAAGGGAUGUUGAAUGCUUAAGAAUGAACAUGCCCCAAUUUAAUAUUGCAUGUGAGCUUAGGGGCAUCUACAACUCGCUUUCAAAUGUCAUUUGCCUUUCAAAAGAUAUUUCAAGUUUGAGAAGCAAAGCUGAAAUACUACAGGGUCUGGCCACGUCAAAAAUAGAUGUGAAGACUGAGUUACAGAAUGUCAGAAAUAUGAUAGUGGAGGCUACUAAGGAAAAUAAUAUUAGGAGUACAGCACAAGCCAAAUGCGAAAUGCUGAAGAAUGAAAUUGAUGGUCUUACCGUUAUCAAAAAUGAUCUGGAAAAACAAAUUGCCUUGUCGAUGGAAAGAAUUGCACAACUUCAGUCACGACAAAGAGCUUUUGAGUUGGAAGAGAAUUCAAGAAGAGCAUCCAUUAGAAUGAUGGAGAGCCUUGAUGAAAAACUAAAGGUUUUGAUCAAAUCUACUGUCAAGCUUGCAUCAAGAAUUGCUCGUCUCUACGACGAAAUUAAAUUAUUGGCAAACCAGGUGUUUCAAAAUCAAAUGAAUGAAAAUCUUACGAAUAUAUCCACUCAGAUACAGCAUAAUGGAUCGGGAUUGGCCAGCAUCGUCCCAGCUAAUUUUACUGAUAACUAUAUUGAAUUUAUGGAGGCAAGCUUUGGAGUUGAAAAGAGAAUUAUACUGUUCAAGUUCAACAAUGACAAUGUAAAUACCAAGUAUAUUGAAGAGAGGAUGGGGUUUCUAAAAGAGAAGAUCCAUCAGAAAAGAGUGGUUGUAAGCAUGGAUCCAUCCAACUUUGAGCUGUUGGAGAAGAAUGCAGCAGCUGUUCAGGACCUGGAAGAGAAAAUAAGAAAGCUAGAAAGCGAUAAGAUAGAAAUUCUAAAAAGCAUUGAAAGGCUGAAUGAGAUGGGUGUGAAAGAGAAUCAAAGGGCUUUUGAGCACAUCAACAAGACACUCAGGACCUUCCUAGGAUAUUUUUUAAAGAAUUCAGAUGUUUUUAUUUCACCCGAAUUUGAAAUUAAGGUUAAAGUUGGAAACUGGAAGAACUCUCUCAGCGAGCUAAGCGGUGGGCAGAAGUCCUUGAUAGCUCUGUGUCUGAUAUUUAGCAUGCUUACAUUCAAGCCAGCGCCUUUUUAUAUUUUUGAUGAGAUUGACGCAGCUCUCGAUUUGAAUUAUACACAGUCCAUUGGAGAGAUAAUUCAGAAGGAGUUUCAUGGGGCACAGUUUAUUGUAGUUAGUUUAAAGAACAACAUGUUUGAUAAUGCCAAUAGAAUAUUUAAGGUAUUUAUUCAGGAUCACAGGUCUAAAGUGUGUCAAAUUAAAUAA